AUGAUGUUUUACACAUCACUUCUUUCGGUCGCGUUUGCGACACUUUCUUUGAUCUCGCCGGCCGUGAACGGACGUGCGAUUGACGCUGUUGAGAGGAGACAGGAUGGAUCGCAUUGGAUCAAUACCUGGACGAGCAUGCCACAGUUGGUGGAAGCGAGCAACAUGCCGCCAGCGCCUUUCAGUUCCGGGAGUGUGAUGCGCGAUGCGACGCUCCGCCAAACCCUCCACAUGUCCGUUGGCGCACCCAAGAUCAAGAUCACCAUUUCCAACACUUUUGGCGGUUCCGACCUUCCUAUCACCGCAGGUUCUGUCGGACUUCCUGCAGGUGGCGCUGCGGGUAUCACUGGCAUGCAAGCCUCACCUCUGGCAGCCAUUACCGUCGGUGGCAAGUCCAGCUUCACGGUACCCAAGGGUCAGGUCGUUACCAGCGAUGAGAUUGCUUUCGAAGUCAAGCCCCAAAGCAUGCUCACUGUGAGCUUGUACAGCCAGCAAGGGCAGAGUGGAAGCAGCAUCACUGGUCAUCCCGGCAGUAGGACGACGAGCUGGUUCGUCAGUGGCAACAAGGUCAAUGCCACGAAUUUCUCUGGUACUCAAAGUGUGCACUGGUACUUCGUCAGCGCAGUACAAGCCUACGUACCAACCACCACGCGCUCUCUGAUGGUCCUCGGUGACAGCAUCACCGACGGGCGAGGUUCAGACGACAACAAGAACAACCGCUGGCCCGACCUCGUACUCGCCCGUCUCCAAUCUACAAACCACACCAACAUCGCCGUCUGCAAUCAAGCCGCCGGCGGCAACACAGUUCUCAGCGGCGGUCUCGGCCCACCCCUUCUGACCCGGUACAAGCGCGAUGCCAUCGAGCAGCCCGGCGUGAAAUGGGUCAUGGUCUUCGAAGGCGUCAACGACAUCGGUGGUAACGCCAACACCGCUGCUGCGCAAACCUCUGUCGGCGACCGCCUCAUCGCUGCGUUCAAGCAAAUUGCUGCUGAUGCUAAGAAGGCUGGUUACACGACUAUUGGUGGUACGAUUGCGCCUUUUGCGGGUAAUGGGUAUGAGGGUGUUGAGAGGGAGAAGACGAGGAAGAGGGUGAAUAAGUGGAUUUUGGAGAGUGGGAACUAUGAUUUCACGGUUGACAUUGCGAGUAUGGUUGCGGAUAAGACGAAUGCGGAGAGGUUGGAUAAGAAGUACGAUAGUGGUGAUGGGUUGCAUCCGAGUGUUGCCGGGUAUCAGGCGAUUGCUGAUGCCUUUCCUAUUGAGAUCUUCAAGAAGUAG